AUGAGUUGGACCAACGCCAGGGAGGCUCUGAUGGGAGCCUGAGCUGGGAAGAAUGAAGGCCAUGGGUACCUGUGUUCCCACAGACUGGCCUCACCAGCAGUGGAGGUGGGCUCUGCCCUGGGCCAUGCUGCUGCUGCUCUUAGGUUCCCAGCUCCUGGUGACUCACUGCCAGAGUUCCCAAGAGAAAAGGGACAGUGAUGACCGAAAAGUCAUGGAAAGUUACUUCCCUGCUACCGUGGAGUAUGCCUUACACAUAUUCAACAUGCAGAGCAAAGACGUGAAUGCCUACAGGCUGGUGCGCAUCUUGAAUUCCUGGAAGGAGCAGGCGGAGACCAUGAUGGUUUUCUCCAUGGAGCUGGAGCUUCGCAGAACCAGGUGUGGGAAAUUUGACGAAGAUAUUGACAACUGCCCCUUUGAAGAAAGCUCAGAGCUGAAUAAUGUAAGACACAUCUACUUCCCUCAGACCCUCAUCUGCUUCUUCACCGUGGACACCGAGCCCUGGAGAACAACCUUCCAUCUCCUGAAUGAGACCUGUACGGAGGGGUUCCAGUAAGUGAGACCACACCCUCUCCCGUCCUAGGGUUGUCCUCCUUCUGGAUGCCAGCGAUUCCCAGUAGAUGGCCCUUCAGUGGUUGAGCAGACUGGGUUCUGUUCUCUUUAUUUUCAGGUGUCUAGGGUCUCACAUCCCAGCAAUGUGGAAACUCCUCUUUGUCCAUUUUCAUCAUGUAGAGUAGAUCAUUAAACAUCAGCAUUUCAA